AUGUUCACCAAUUUACAAUAUUUAAAUUUGAAUCCAUUUCUCUGUGAUCAACGAACAUCAUUCGUGUAUUCGCCUUUAACUGUGUUCUCGUCAACUUUAUUAGAAUUACAUGUCAAAGUAAACUUUAUUAAUGAUUGUCUUUAUUUACUUGAUGGUUGUUUCAAUCAACUUCGAACGUUCUGUGUUGAUAUAGUAUUUUCAAUUCCUCGUUCGCCUAUAAAAAUAAAUAAAGAAAAACUACCAAGUUUACGAUGUUUUUCGUUGUAUUAUCUUUCGAACAUACGUUUCUAUGAUACAAUAAUUAUACCACUCUUACAUCGAAUGUCAAAUUUAGAACAACUUAGUUUGUAUUUGUCGGUUAAUCGUAAUAAUGGAUUUGCUGAUGGAGUUGAUUUGCAGCAAAAUAUUAUUAAUUAUUUGCCGCGAUUAAAUCAAUUUCGGUUUAAGAUUCGUUCAACUAUAUUGUUAAACGAUCAAACUGAUUUACUAUCAAAUGAAAAUAUCCAACAUACAUUCAAAGAUUUUUCAAAUAGUCAAAUUAUUUCUUGUGCCAAUUAUUUUCUAGAAUCAAACAAAGGUCAAUGUCAUAUUUAUUCAUGUCCAUUUACAAUCAGAAGUUAUGAAAAUAUCGCAAAUAAUUUUCCAGGUGGAUUAUUUACAUGUGUUUGUAAUGUGUCAUUAUUUGAUGAACGUCCUUUUGAACAUGAAUUUUUUCUUCGAAUUGCUCAAUCAUUUCCAUUUAUAAAAAAAUUAUCUAUAAAUAAUCGAAAAGCACAAAAGAAUAAACAAAAUAGAAAAUUAAAAAAUAACAAUCAAGAUUUAUUAAUUAUUGAAUAUCCUUAUCUUAAGUGGCUUGGUUUUGAUGAGGCUCAUGAUGAUUAUGUGGAACAAUUUCUUCUUGAUACCAAAACAUGUUUACCGUCUAAUGUUGAUCUUUUAAUCGAUUAUAAACCUUUAAAAAGAGUGACACACAAUUUUAGGCGAAAAACAACACAAAAUAAUUGUGCAAAAGUGAGAUAUAGAUGUUGGGAGAAAAUUUCUCGAUUUCCAAAACAUUUCAAAGAUUAUUUUCUUGAGACGACAAAUGUAUGA